AGCGCGAGCUCCGCUGAUGCAUUACGCGAUUUUUUGAGUGCGGGCUGCGCUACUUCUCAUUUGCGCAAUUGCCUGCUCGGUCUGCGCUUGGCCUGUCGAGAUCGGCGCCGGCAGCAGAACGCCUCCUCGGCGAACGGUGUGGCAUAUUAUCGGCAUUCUCAAGGAGAGGAGGAACGCUGGGCAUUCUCAAGGAGAGGAGAAAACGACAUCGUCUUGGUAUAUUUUAUGCCUAGUGUGCGUUGCUCGACUCUGGCGGUCUCACUUCCGUACGACGAUUUGAUUCUAGCGUGGGGUUUCCGUACGACGAUUUGAUUCUAACGGUUUCGGUACGACGAUUUGAUUCUCGCGGUUUCCGUGCGACGAUUUGAUUCUCGCGGUUUCCGUACGAGGAUUUGAUUCUAUCGGUUUCCGUACGAGGAUUUGAUUCUAUCGGUUUCCGUACGACGAAGAAUCAGGGAGAUAUUAUCGAGAUUUUGUACGGAGAGUGCGUGGCCGCGAACCCAACGUUGGCUUCGUCGGAGCUCUUUCUCGUCAGUCACCAUGGCUUACGGGGAUUCGAAUCCGUAUUUCAAUAUUAAGGAUUGGGGCCUCUCACGUGGAGAUGGAAAUUUUGGGGGAGGGGAAGACGCUCCUCCUAUUGCAUCGUACUCUGCCUUGUUUUAUUUGCAGGUUGAAUGUGACCCUCAGUACGUUCUGUCUAUCAGUAAGGAGGACACAAACGGGCCGCUAAUGGUAAUGGCGAAUCAGAACAAUCCAAGCCAGACAUGGAGGAAGGUCGACUUUGGAACUAGUUUUGCGCUUGUGAACGUUGAUACGGGUCGCGCGCUACUGAUAAACGGCGAAGAUGAACCGCUGACAACGUCAUCAGCAGAUACUCUCAGCGGCAGCAACGGUAUCCCGUCCGUGAAGAAUCUGCUAAGAGCAGGGGACCACAGGCGAGAGGGCUAUACUCCAAUCACCACAGUACAAAACAAGUAUCUUCACAUUUCUCUCGCAGACAGGACUGCGGCGAAUGGAGUGAAAGUGGUCGUAUCCAAAUGGAGAUUAGUCCAUCACCAUCAUCAGUCGUGGAGGAUGAUCCCUGCUUUUCCGACAUUCACACUCCGGCCGAAGUUGGACAUUGCCUACGGUCUGUCGACAGAGAAAGAUAACACACGUGGCGGUGUGACCAUCAACAAGGUUAACAGAUCUGGUUUGCGAUCAGAUGAUCCAUUCCUCACGUGGUACUUGAUACCCGUUACCCCAAAGAGGCUCAGGAUGAUCCCAACCAAGUUCAAGAUUGUUAACAGUGCAAGUGGUUUCGCUCUGAGGCGAGUCGGAUCUCGCAAACAGAUUGAGCAGGUAGACCCAUCUACAGCAGGUGAGGACGCUGUGUGGACCAUCGGUGAGGACGCUGGCGGUUGUUUCUUCCCUCUCCAUCCCGCGACCGCUAAUGCAGAGAGUGCUGACGUCAACGGGAGUACUGCUCAUGCAGCUUGCAUAGUCCGCACUGUCGAGUAUGGCCGCGGCGACGAUCAGAUAUGGGGAUUUUUCCCAAUUCAUUCCGAUACGCCUGUGAAUCCGCGUAGAAGUUAAAGGUGCUUAACUAACUGGAAUUGACUCAGAACUUGAAGGGAAUUUGAGUUUCUCGGAAGAUGCAUCGAACCAGCGCGCGGAUGUUUUGUCAACAGAGUCAACAUAGUCAACGAUGAUAUUUAUAGUUGCGGCGUGUGUUCGCGUACUAGUUUUGACGAUUCCAUCUGAGAGGAUAGGGAGGGGGAGGGUGAUGGAAAUUAAUAUUCGUGCCGAUGAAGAGGACACGUGCAGUUCUGACGCUUUUUUUUACCACUUGAAGCCAUGUUACUGGUGACCCAUCUCUCUCUCUCUCUCUCUCUCUCUCUCUCGCUCUCGCUCUCUGCGUGUGUGUGUGUGUGUGUGAUCCCAUUAGUCUUGAGUACUUAGGAAGGUAGGCAUACUUUCUCCGAGAUGAAAUGCAGGGGCAAAAAAAAAAAAAAAGAAGCUGCGGAGUAGUGUGCAUCGCAGGGCGACAAGCAGAAAAGCAUGACAGAUUUUUUUUUGGAUUAUCAUUGCGAGUCUCUUUUCUUUUCUUAUGUCUUUAAAUGUUUUUUUUUCUCUUUUUUUCCUAGUUGCUUCCAUGUUUGUUGUGAUAGGCGGUGUUUUUGUCCCGUUCUUCAAGGGGUGACAGCGGGGGUGAAAAAAACAGGCUGUCGUGAGUUGGGGAUGGAUUGACAAUCUUGGGCUCGAUCACUGUUUAAGUACUGAAACAAUUUUGGGCUCGAUGGACUUUUUUGGGACCCCUGCUCGUCUAUGUUUCUAUGUUAUUGUGAAUGUGAAGGUUGGGAUCGGGAUCGUGGAGGAGAGGGGAAAGAAGGGGUGUGAGGAAGGAAGUGCGAAAGGUGUUACGAGUUAGAACUUGGAAUCCAUCAUGCAAGUCACACUAGGACUUUUUCGAUUCAUCUGUUGACGUCAUUGCAGUCAGAUGCAUAUCCUCAUCCGCCCGUAAUUGCAGUGAAAUGCAUUUAAGAUAGUGCUGUUGUGAGUACUGUUAACCCCCUUAGAUUGGUUGCAACGAAGGGCUGACGAAGGUAAUAGGAAUUGCAAGGGAGAGGAGAAUAGGUUUGAUCAAUUGCAAGAGAGAGGAGGAUAUAGGUUAGAAUCCGUUAGAUCGAUCACAAGAGAAAGGAGAAGAGGUUAAUUGUAAGCAAGGCCAGAACGAUCUGGUGGAAGUCUUAGAGAAGUCUUAGACCGUGUCUUGCCUCCGGAAUCCUUACGGAGUUUGGUGUCUUUCCCGUGGACAUGAUCAUCUUCACCAUUGUCACUGCGAUGGAUGGGUGUCUCGUACAAGUAGCUAAUGUGCAUUCCCGCCAAAG